CGCCCCCGCGCUCGGUGCGGGCGCGGCCAGCUAUGGGGGGCCGGCUCGGCCGGCGGCCAAUGGCGGUCUGCCACUCGCCGGCGCGGCCUUGGGCUCGUGAUUCGGGCUCCGGGGUGCUCGAAUUUGUGGCGGAAACCUAGCCUUCGGUCAGAAUUAAGGGUGGCCAGGAUUGGAUCAGAGGGCGCGAGCUGGUGAUUCGGUUAGAACCGUGCACCGUUGUUGUGGUACCUGUUUGGUUUACCGGUGGAGUUUGUAGUGUGGGUUCUUUAUUUCCCGUUGUUUGGUGGAUAUGUCCUUAGUUUGUGCAUGGAGACGAGCUUGGGAGUUUUGAUUUGGUGUGAAACCCUAGCUUCCAUUGCCUCUUUUGAUGGAGGUGAUGUGGAUUGGAUCAGCAAAGCUUGGGUUCAUCUGAAUUGGAGAUAUUAUUUAAAUUUUGCACAGUGUGCUGUCCGAAAUUUGGUCUCGGUGGAGCCUGCUAUUUGGGUUCUCUGUUUGGUUAUAUUUGGAGUUUUUCCAAGUUUGAUGAUUUUGUAGUACAGGCUCAUCUGUACUUUGUUUCUUUUUCUGGCAGCAGGUGGUGCCAGGUUUUGGUUUGUAGAUUCUGGAUUGGAAUGAUCUUUACUACGCUACAGUUGGGUCUGUUUACCCAAGGAAAAUUAGCUUACGCGUUUGAAUUUUGUGAAGUUGUGAAUAAAGCAGCAUGGUCGGAUCAGGGAAACAUGUGUUACUCUGUUUUGAGUUCAGUUUCAGAGUUUCUGUUCUUUUAGUUUACAGUUGACCUGUGCAUGCCAUUUUUAUGGAACCGGUAGUGGGAGUCCGUUUCUACAUGGGUUCGAUCUCAUUCCUUCAUAAAAUUCACUUUAUAUUGCCUCUCUGUCCUGAAGUUUCCCUUAUUUUAUCUGGUUUGGCUGUUUCAAGCUCUUAUUUUGUAAUAGAGUUUCCUCUUUUGAUAUCAUUUUGUCAAAAAUAAUGUUUCCUGUCAUAGCAUUGACAUAUUUUACGAAACAUAUUUUCAGUUUGCCAUCCGUUGGAACUAUCAAAAGCCUAGUGUCCCAUGGGGAAAAAUAGUUUGUGCUGUCCGGCACAUUUUAGAGUAAUCAACUAGGCUAUUUUGCUCCUGUAUUAGAUCAUUGUUAUAUAAGCAACUAUAAACAUAUAUCAUUGAUUUGUGUACCAAUGUCAUUUAGUGAGUUUUAUCUUCUCCUUUUCCCUUUUUGUGGGUCGACUCUAGGUUCUUGCUAUUAUGUGCAAGCUAUGUCAGCAUAUAUUGUAUUGAAGGAGUUUGCAUCAUUAUGAAUUCUUUGGAUUUACGGAUGGUGAUCGGGAUAGGGAAUGGGCUAAUCCUAACCCUCAAUUGUUUCCUAUCAAGUGGUAGGAUUAUCCCACCCCAUAUCCCAAUCCCACCCCUUAACACUACAUCCAAACGCACCCAUAGUAUACAUUAAUUGGAGAUAUUGAUUCAUUGUUCUUGGGUUAGACAUUUGGCUACUGGUUGCAUGUUUUUCGUGCUUUUGUUGUUACUUCAAACUGGUUAUAUUGUUGAAUCUGAUAUUUCAUUGCAGUGAUUUUCCACAAUUGGCAGUGUAAUAUCAAAGGUCAGAUUGGAGGUACAGUUUUUACUGGAGAUUUACACGUGGAGUUUUCUACUUUGCGGUUCAGUUGUGUUUAUAUGGAAUCUCUUUUCUGAGAAAUGCCGUCCUCUACGCCACCAUCAGUGCAACCAGCACCAAUUGUGCAACUAUUACCAUCUUCUGCAGUAGGACAGAGUAUUCGUAUUGAUGUUCGUGAGAUCAAAUCCAAGAUUGUUAAAAGGAUUGGGCCUGACCGAGCAAAGAAGUACUUUCAGCACCUGGAGAGGUUUUUAUCAUCAAGAUUGAGCAAGAAUGAAUUCGAUAAGCUCUGUCUUGUGGCACUUGGCCGUGAGAACCUCCCAUUACACAACCACCUCAUCUGUUCUAUCCUCCAUAACUCCAGUAGAGCAUGUGGCCCAUCUGUAGUUAAUGACACUAAGCUGGUCAGAGAUGUCACCAAUUCAGGCCAUGAACUUGUUCCUGCUAUCUGGGAAAAUGGUGGUGCUCUGAACCAGAAUGUCAAAGAGAACAAACCAUUAAGCAGACGAGAAAAUGCACUAACCUUGAAUUCAUCAUGGAAUCAUUGCGAGACUAUUAUUCGGGAGAAUGGUGUUCCUCAUUUGAGUGAUCUGAAGAGAUGUACACAACUUCAACAAAGCGAGCAUGUGGAACCGCUUAUCAAGCGACCGUGUGUGGAGAAGGAACCAUUCAAUUUACAUGACUCCCUGCAUAGCAAUGGCCCUUCUGCUAUGCCUUCUAGAGAAAACCUGGGACAAGAAAUUAUACAUCAUUCCCAAGGUCCGGUGCAAGCUCCACUUGGCAUUCAGUUACGUCCUGCUAGGUUUGGUGGGGCCCGAAAACCUUUACCCCUUGCUUCUGUCACUUCAAAUGAUACCUCUGAUUCUUGUGUUGAACUUGGUGAACUAUGUGAUACUUUGUUAGUGAAAAAGAGGAUGGAAAAAAUGGCAAAAACAGAAGGGGUGGAAGGGGUCUCAAUAGAGUGUGCCAAUUUGUUGAAUAAUGGAAUAGACGUUCUCAUGAAGCAGUUGAUUAGAUCUUGUGUUGAGCUAGUUAGAGCAAGAUCUCAACAUGACAAACUAAGACAUGCGGCAUUGAAGCAACAGCUGUGCCGAAAGCUAAAUGGUGUAUCUCAUAUUCCUGGGCAGGGUGCUAUUAUACCUCCAGAGACUAACUCCAUCUCGAUGCAAGACUUGAAGGCAGUAAUGGAGUUAAACCCUCGUUUGCUUGGGGUUAAUGUAUCACUGCUACUUGAAAAGAUUAAUUCAUAUGACUAGUUGGAUGGAGCAAGUUGGAUUCUUCUCCACACAAGAUUGUACCAUCUUGAUGGUGUGUCUUACUUAUGGCUGUUGUAGACAGGCCAUAGUUUAAUUAUGGGUGGUGGAAAAGGCAGGUGAAUUCUGUACAGUAUCCUGAUUGUUCUGCAUCUCAUCUCCAAAGCAAUCUUCCAAAAUAAGCAAAGAUCUGCUUAUCUACUGGGUGGUGUAUUUUAGAACUCAUUCAUUUUGUGCACCUAAGCACCUGGAGGCAAAAGUGCUUCAGAACUACGGUGCUGGAUUCCGGACAAAUUGAGGAGCCAUAACACAGAUUUGAUCUCUUCCAGGAGUAAAUGGUUAUCUCUAGGAUCGAGAGUCACAGCCUCCUGAAGCUUUUCUCUGCCGCAGACAUAUUAACUGUAGGAUUGUGCAAAACAAAAAACCUCUUCGCUGUUUCUUCACGGUCCUUGCCUGUGUUGGCAAACGAUGUGUAUGUAAUCAUGAUUUACCCGCGAAAUUGUGCCCCCAUCUUCAAGCAUUCACGUACAGAAGAAGUGCAAUAAGGCAACAGACCACUCCGCUGCUUUGUCCAUCUUGACUGGUCUGCAAUCACCCAGAGGCUAGCUUUGUACAAACGAUUCAGUGUAACAUAUGUAAAACCACUCAUACAUAUUGUUGCUUUCCUAUUUGUUGAUGUUGUUUGCGUAUAUCGGCCUGUAUUUUUAAGAACAAGAUCUGUUACAGUGCAUCUGCAUUUUUAUUCUGACCUGGACAAUGCAUCUCAUCAGUUCUUAUCAUCAUCCCUGUUGGAUUCUAAUGCGAUUUGAUAUGUGUUGAUACCAAUGUUUAAUAAAGGUGGACAACUCCAUUUGGCGAGACGCUUGAGGUAACUGAUGGCAGUCUUCUCCGCCAGGAGUCUCUUGCUGUGUAGCUUCAGGAAGAGUGUAGCGUAGGCAACAUACCCAAUGAAGGCUCCAAUUUUUGUGCAGUGUAUUUGCUUAGAUAUUUAAAGGCUGCUAAUUGGAUAUUUAAAUGUACGUAGUUGUAUUUAUUGUAUCUCGCAAAUGGAAUUGAAUCGUUCUUCAAGCUUUGCUUUGUUAGAUUACGCCCGAGCUAUAGGUAGCAAUUAUUUGGAUAGUUUUGGAAAACUAGUACAUUAUUUUUUUGCAAAGUUUAAAUUUAGCUGGUUUAAUUUCGCAGGAUAUGCAGCCAGUUAACAAAUCCAAAGUUAACAAUUUCCCUGCAAUAGUGCCCUGACCACAUAAAGCACAUGACCCAGUCAUGCCUGCAACGGAGAUGAGAAGACGCAAGAACGUAGAAUAUGGAUCAUGGAUGGAACAAAUGAGUAUCACCUAUAUUAAUUGUAUAGCGCCAAGUGAGCUUUUGGCUUCAACACAAAGCAAAACAAACAAGGCGAAUUCAGAGAAAGCAAGGAGCCAUGCAGCACUACUACAAGUGCAGCAGCACAACUGAAGACAUUGGUGUGCAUGUCACAGGGCCACAUGAAAACCAAGAUAAAAUUAGGGAUCUGUCUGCAUGUUAGUUGUCUUAGAUAUUGUAAAUCUCUCAGUCACUAUUCAAUGGACCAAAUAAGUUCAAGAUUUGUGCAACUAAGGGUCUGUUUGUUUUAGCUUUAGAUUAUAAGA